AUGUUUCUGAUCUUUCUUUUCUCAAUUUUCUCUUAUUGUAAUGAGAAUGAAACACAGCAGACAACAUAUAGAACCCAACUAGAAGAGUUCCCACCUGAGAGAGAUGGUACACUUGUCAAAGAUUUUAUUUAUUAUUUAGAUCAAGCACUUGAAAAAGCCAAAGAAGAGUAUACAUGUAAAACAAUUAUUGUUCAGAAUAUUACUCAAGCCUUCAGAGACGUGCUAAAUAGGUCUUUAUUCCAUGAUCCUUUAAUAUCUUCACGUGGAAACUUCCUUACAGCGCUUGACUGCUUACAAAACCUCGCAGCGAUUGUGCAAUUGAAUGUUCUACAAUCAUCUCAAGUAAUUGCUGAAAAAUUAUCCGAAACUAUUAAACAGUUCAACCUCGACCACAUUGUAGAGAUCUAUGAUCAAAUAUUGAAUGAUAGAAUCUCAACACAGCCUAUCGAUCAACUAAUGAACGAAUCUCAUGCAGAAUUCGUAAAAAAUAAGGAAAAAUUCUUGGGUUUCUAUCACCUAUUCAUUAAUACUACAAAGAAAUCCAUCACAGAUGCACUUAUUGAUGCCGAUAUCCUUGAGCCACGUGACAAUUCCACUAACAAUGAAACAGAAAUUGAAAAUGAAGACGAAAUUACGUAUUCUAAGACCGAAUUGAUACCUCACUUAUUGAAUGCCUUUGUAGAUCUAUCGAAAUCAGCCUCAAAUUUCGCAGUUGCUGCUACACACAGUCGAUUACAAACAUUUCAAGAUAUUAUUGGUGGCGACCCCUUCCAAAAGAUCAAUAUCUUUGCUCAGCAACUCAUAAAUGAAACAAAUUUGAUGCUUUAUACCUUCAGAAAAUCAAAUGACAACGUUUAUUCGAAUAUGACUUUCAGCGAAACUUUCAAACUGCUCAAAUCGGAACUUAAGACUGGUGUAAAGAAACUUGUUCGCGAUUACAAGAAGAGUUUGAGGAAAAUCGGAACAAAUACGUUUCAUCAGAUAAUUAACAACACAAUUGAAGAAGUGGUACCUGUAGAAGUUGAAGUAAACUCAACAGAUGCCAAUUCCACCAAUUCUACUUCAACUGUCGCAAAGAAAAUAAUAUACCAAAAGAAAUACAACAAAGAAGACGUAUUAAACGCGAUCAAUGCUGUUAAAAAGCAAGCGUCUGGGUUUAUUAAUGAAACAAGACAAGCUUGGCGUGAAGGAAGAGAAGAUAUGGAAUUUCUGAAACAAACCGUAAGAGAACGAUCAAAGAAAAUGAAAGAAAAAGCUCAAGAAGCCCUCAAAAAAGAAUUUGAGGAUGAAUGA